AUGGCUGACCCCGGCAGCGACGGAGAGGCACCGGAGAGCGCGCGCGGCUUCGCCCGCCAGGGAGCCCUCCGCCAGAAGAACGUGCACGAGGUGAAGAACCACAAGUUCAUCGCGCGCUUCUUCAAGCAGCCCACCUUCUGCAGCCACUGCACGGACUUCAUCUGGGGCUUUGGGAAACAGGGAUUCCAGUGCCAAGUGUGCUGUUUUGUGGUCCACAAGCGCUGUCAUGAAUUUGUCACCUUUUCCUGUCCGGGGGCCGACAAGGGACCUGCCUCCGAUGAUCCUCGUAGUAAACACAAGUUUAAGGUCCACACUUACUCCAGCCCGACCUUCUGUGACCACUGUGGCUCCCUCCUCUACGGGCUGAUACACCAGGGCAUGAAAUGUGACCACUGUAUGAUGAACAUCCACAAGCGGUGCGUGGCCAACGUCCCGAGCCUGUGUGGGACAGAUCACACUGAGAGGAGAGGACGCAUCCACAUCUCUGCCCAGAUCGCUGACGACACUCUCACCGUCACCAUCAAAGAGGCGAGGAACCUGGUGCCCAUGGACCCCAACGGCCUGUCAGACCCCUACGUCAAGCUCAAGCUGAUCCCAGAUCCCAAGAGUGAGAGCAAGCAGAAGACCAAGACCAUCAAAUGCUGUCUCAACCCCACCUGGAACGAGUCCUUCACUUUCAACCUAAAAGAAACCGACAAGGACCGCCGUCUGUCGUUGGAGAUCUGGGACUGGGAUUUGACCAGUAGGAACGACUUCAUGGGAUCCCUGUCCUUUGGGAUCUCGGAGCUACUGAAACUAGGGAUAGAUGGAUGGUUUAAGAUGCUGUCCCAGGAGGAAGGAGAAUACUUUAAUGUUCCCGUUCAGGCAGAGGGAGAAGAAGGUAACGAGGAACUACGACAAAAGUUUGAGAGGGCGAGAGUGGGUCCAGGGAAGCCCACAGACUCCUCUUCCUCCUCCUCGGUGUGCAAGUAUGACAGCAAUGGCAAUCAGGACCGGGUCAAGCUCUCGGACUUCAACUUCAUCAUGGUUUUGGGCAAAGGCAGCUUUGGCAAGGUGAUGCUGGCUGAGAGGAAGGGCACCGAUGAGUUGUACGCCGUCAAAAUCCUGAAGAAAGACGUGGUGAUCCAGGAUGACGAUGUGGAGUGCACCAUGGUGGAGAAGAGAGUCCUCGCUCUGGCUGGGAAACCACCUUUCCUCACUCAGCUGCAUUCCUGUUUCCAAACCAUGGACCGAUUGUAUUUUGUCAUGGAGUAUAUAAAUGGAGGAGACCUUAUGUACCAGAUCCAACAGGUCGGCAAGUUCAAGGAGCCUCAUGCUGUGUUCUAUGCUGCAGAGAUCGCCAUUGGACUCUUCUUCCUUCACUCCAAAGGCAUCGUGUAUCGGGAUCUGAAGCUGGACAACGUGAUGCUGGACGCUGAAGGCCAUAUAAAGAUAGCUGACUUCGGCAUGUGCAAAGAGAACAUGUACGAUGGGAUUACCACAAAGACUUUUUGUGGGACACCAGACUACAUCGCUCCAGAGAUAAUAGCUUAUCAGCCUUAUGGGAAGUCUGUAGACUGGUGGGCCUUCGGAGUACUGCUCUAUGAAAUGCUUGCUGGACAGCCGCCUUUUGACGGGGAAGAUGAAGAUGAGCUGUUCCAGUCGAUCAUGGAGCAUCACGUCUCUUACCCUAAAUCCAUGUCCAAAGAAGCUGUUGCUAUCUGCAAGGGGCUGAUGACCAAGCACCCAGGUAAGCGUCUGGGCUGUGGUCCAGAGGGGGAGAGAGACAUCAAGGAGCACGCCUUCUUCCGUUAUAUAGACUGGGAAAAACUGGAGAAUAAAGAGGUCCAGCCGCCUUUCAAACCUAAAGCUUGUGGGCGUGAUGCUGAGAACUUUGAUCGCUUUUUCACGCGCCACCCCCCCGAGCUGACCCCCCCAGAUCAGGAGCUUAUAGCCAACCUGGACCAGGACGAAUUCCAAGGCUUCUCAUUUGUUAACCCUGAGUACCCUCACACAACUCACUGACCACGCCACAUAUCACUGGGCUGCACUAGUAAUCCCCCUCACCUCGGAAACAUGCAUUGAAAACAAACAAACAAACAAAAAUCACCAUGAUGUCAUAUCCAGGAUGCAUUCGGCAGGGUGAGACGUUAAAGGAAUAGCUCAACAUUUUGGGAAAUAUGCUUUUUCUUUCUGAGACUCAUAUGAGAAGGUUGAGAUCAAUCUCAUGUCUGUGCAUAAAAGUAAGGAGCUGGAGCCAGAAGGCGAUUAGCCUAGCUUAGUAUAAAGACUGGAGGCAAGGGGAAACAGCUAGCCUGGCUCUCUCCAGAGUAAAAGAAUAUCCCUACUAGCACCUCCGACAUCAAAGAACUAGCGGCGAUGAAGGCCGUGACAACUUGUGACAACACCGGUGUUGCCGAUUACACCGGACAUUUUACAAGAAAAGAUGACCCUCAAUAUGUGUAGAGUGCUUACUGUCAUCCUUAACGUCGGAUUGUUGUGUGCCUGGCCUCUCCGGUCGAGCUUACGCUUUGGGGCCGCAGGUUUCCACCUGGAGCCGCCGCGCACACUGGCUGUGAGCGCUCUGUCCUCCUCACGGCGAUUGCCUCAUUAACGUUAUAGUUCCCUGAUAGAAUUUGGUUUACAUCUGAAAUAUUGCCAAAUAAGCGCUUUUGCUUUUCACUUUGACACCAAAUUCCCCCGCCAUCGUCUUGUCUGUCAACUCUCUCUCGUCCCGCGUGUGUGAAAUCUGACUCCUGCUACUCUGAGCUAAGACUCUGUACUGAGCAGACACUUCCACUUUCAGUUUAUAAUUGUAGCGUCCAUCUUCCGACUCUGUAUUGAUAAGACGCUUAGUAUUUCACAAAAUAGAGGUUUUUAUUUGAUGAACGUGGGCGCUGCCUGCGAAAAUGAACUAAAUGGGUUUUAUUUCUAUAAAAAAAAAAGCAAAAUGACCGGAGGCGAUGGGCAAGUAUUGUAAUCGGUGUAUACCUGAACACCGCGUAACACCACUAACUGUGGCAAACCUACUCCGGGCUCCAGCUCUGUAUCUCAAGCACAGACAUGAGUGAUAUCUAUCCUCUCGUCUAACUCUCGGAAAGAAAUUAAACAAGCAUAUUUUCCCCCAAAAAUUCUCUAAAUAACGUUCAGAUGGAAAUGCAAGACGGGUGCUGAAAGGCUAACAAUCAGGAGAAAUAAUCAGAUAUUUAUGUGUCAAGUUGCCAGUAGGAGACUAGUCUUGUUUCCAGCAGUGACACUGUUUUCAGUUUACUAGUCAUGUGACACUCUCAUAUCAGCUCUACUGGCUGUAUUUCUAUCUUUAGUGCAGAAGUUUGCUCCUGAACGCCGCCCCGGCUGCUCACACCAGACAGGUUCAUGACGGGGGCCGACCUCGGGGCCGACCUGAACCUGCUCUGUCUCCGUGUCACCCUCCCUGUGAUUGCAUAUUGACGACUAUCAGUAAUAUUGAUGAGUGUACUACGACCACAUAUUUGGUAAUAUUCAUACAGUGUAAGUGAAAAAACUGACCAAUUGCUUUGCUAUGAUUGUUUUGAGUACUAAUCAGUUUCCCAAUGUUGACUUUAUUUUGUCUAUAGGACCAAAUACUUCUACACUUUCUGUUCAGUCAGUGUCGUGGUGAGCUUAACAUUUUGGCUGAUUUAAAUUUUUAACCAUUCAGAGGAUAGAAGUCUUUAUACAUGCAGUCAGCAAAAGUGUAAGUCUGCGUCAUGUUAGUGAUUUUUAACUGAAAUCUCAUUACUUUUCUUCUGAUUCAUUACUGAAAACAUCACACUGUGUUUUUAAUGACAUAUCUCUUAGCUUGUAAACAAUUUUUUUCUGGGAGAAUUUCACAUAUGAAGAGUCUUGUGAAGCUGGUAGUUUGUUAGGACGUCCAAAAGUGCCAAAAUAGAGUUCAGAAUCCAGAGGAUGUGGAAACAUAUUGUCCUCAACAACUGUGACGAAGGGCAGCCAUCUAGUGCCAUUUUGCUGUACAUGUAUAAUUAUUAGAAUAUGCAUUAUAGCUUAUCUGUUCUCCAACAAGACAAUACCCUCAGACAGUCAUUUUCAUAUAUGAAAUGAAUGAAGCGUGUGUUUCAUUGUGAGGCAGGUCGUAUUAUCUUUUUGUAACUGUGUAACGAUGCAGGGUCGCAACGUGUCAAAUCUUGUUCUUUGAGCUCAUAUCAAAAAAGGGAAGCAAGGUGGAAAAAGCGAGCGUCUGUCGUGAUGAUGGUAAUGGUGUUGAAUCAAUGGUGACAUAACGAGAUGGAGAAAAAGAUAAAUAUAUAUAUGGAGUUGUAUAUCAGAGAGAUAUUUGGAUAAAUUGUUCUGGAUGAGAGAGAUGCUUCUGUGGAUUGUGUAAUUGUCCUGUAUGACUGGAAACUGAUAAUAUACUCACUGGUGCCUACCAGACUACUUC